GCGGCUGAUGGAAAGAAAUCCCCUGGAAAAAUCUCUAGCACUGAAAAAUAUGGGGCUGUGGUAUUUCAGUUAAGCUACACAAAAUAUGCGCGCGUAUCCAAUUCCACUAACUGUUGUUUCCACCGUCUCACUCGCGCCUUUCCCCACCUCCGCCCGCUUCCUUCUCAACCCACCGACCUCCGACAAAACUACCGCCUUAAUUUUCCUCUCAACUCCCUAUCCCAGGUUUCUUUUCUCCAAAUUCAGCCCGUGCCCUUUUUGUUCCAACUCCGAUGCCACCACUUCCGACACAAAUGAGGAUGAUGAUGUUUAUUUUGACAUUGACGAUGAUGGGUUUGUACUUUCAGAUGACAAGACACAAUCAUUAUCUGAAGAUGGUGUCUUUGUGGAGGUAACAAAACUUGGAAGGAGUUCUCGUAGAAUUCGGUCCAAAAUUGGGAUUGAAGCCAGCCUCGACACCGUUUGGAACAUUUUGACGGACUAUGAGAAGUUGUCCGAUGUUAUUCCGGCUCUUACCGUCAGCAAAGUUGUCGAAAAGAAAGACAAAUUUGCUCGACUCUAUCAGAUUGGACAGCAAAACUUGCCAUUGGGUUUGAAAUUUAAUGCGAAAGGAGUUAUAGAUUGUUAUGAGAAAGAUCUUGAGAUUUUGCCUUCUGGGAAAAAGCGUGAGAUUCAAUUUAAGAUGGUUGAAGGUGACUUUAUUGUUUUUGAAGGAACAUGGUUGGUCGAACAGUUUAAUGAAGGAAAAUGUGAAGGCAUUAUCGGUGUAGAAUUUCAGACGACGCUUUCAUAUUCGGUGGAUCUUAAGCCGAAGAUGUGGUUGCCUGUUCAGCUUGUUGAGAGCAGGCUUUCUAUGGAGAUAAAGACGAACCUUUUGUCGAUUCAUGAAGAAGCAAAGAAAGUGAUGAGUGCUUUGUAACUCUGCAUGUUGCAAUAAUGAUACUCCUCCAAUGAAAUAUAAAAGGUUUUCUGAGUUUCAU